GCCGAUGCUGAACUGUAAGAAAAUUUGAUCAACAGUUUCAAUUUUUCACGCUACGUUUUCGUUUGUUUCUAUCAGAAGAAAUAUCACAAUGGUUUUAUUUUUAGAUGUAAAAGUGUUUAGAAUUUAAUAUCAAACUUCCUGUUAGGAUAAAUUUUAUAUUUUCAUAUUCCUUGUGUAUUUUGGACUUAUCAUAAAAUUAAAUAAAACUUCUUCAAAUAUGUAAUCCCUGGAUUAUUUGGAGAAGAAGAGAAACCAACACUGGAUUAUUGGAUGGGAAUGGAGAAUAUACUCUUACUUAUGAGGACAUUGAAGGAGACAAGAUGCUUGCGGGAGAUAUCCCAUGGCAGUAAGAAUCUUUAAAAGUUUGUUUCUUUGUGACUUUUGAUAUCAAAGAAAUUGAUUUUUUUUUUUGCCUUUUAAAUUGUCAGUAUGUUUGUAUCUUCGGUAAAGAGGCUUCGUGUGAUUAAAACCUCUGAGAUCUCUUCAGCCUUAACAUGUAAGUUUGAUAUUCCGAAUUGAAAACAUUCUUCUUGUCUUAUGACUCUUUAUGUGAGAUUAUAAAAGAAAAUAUUUGAAUUUUGCAGAUGGAAAUGGUAAGCAAGAGAAGAUGAGGAGCUGAAGAAAAAAAACUUUUACAGCUUAAAGUAGAGAUGUUACUAUGUUUUGCUUUUGCCUUUUCAACUCUGAUGAGUUUUAGUCUUUGGAAAGUUUAUAAUUAUAAUUCAAGUCUGAUGUACAUCUUUUGAAUUUUGAGAAUUUCAUACUAAAUGAGUUAUCAAUCAAGUUCAGACAAUGAAAAAGAUGAUUUAGGUUCUUGAGUAUGUUACAGAUUCUUUUAGUCGUUAUAGUCUCUUCUGUUAAAAGCUUUGCAUCAUGAUUAGUCACACUUAAUGAACACAUUUAAAACUACAAUUUUAUUAAAUAUUGAACCUCUCUACUUCUGCAUAGCGUCUUUUUUGAAAAGAAGAAACGAAACAAUCUUUCUUCUCUGCAAUAGGCAAAAGCUCUGUAGCUUUUAUUAACUCUGCAGUGAAAGGUUUUUAAAUAUAUAACAGCUUUUCUUUAAAUGAGUUGUAAGGAGAGAUUUCUUUAACCAGUUUCUUUUCUCAUCUUAACAUAUUUGUUUUGGCCAACGAGAAUGUUUGAUGAGAGUAAUAAAGAUUUUAAGAUCGGUUUGUUGCAUACUUGCAUGCAUGCAUGUUGAUCUCAAAUACUAUUACUUCUGUAUUUCUAUCAUUUCUUGGAGUGUAGAGAUACAAAAUAAAGGGCAAUUUCUAUGUAUAAAACUAGACAGAUUGAAUGCAGUGAAGAGUCUUUUUCGUUGAGAGACUUGCCAAACUAUUCAAAGCAGCAAUAGGCGACACUCACUGCCUACUUUUUCUUUUUGCUCCAAAAUAUGUUCAUUCUAAUGUCUGGUCAAGUAUACUACAUUGAUAUGAUGGCUUAUUAUGUUUUCCUCAACGUUUUAGGAACAAAAGAUUAGUGUAUUCUGAUUAAGAUUAAGCCAUCUUAACUCAUUCAUUUGCAUAUUAAGAAUAAGUAAAACCGAAUUCUAUAGAAAUGAAGACUUCAGUGCUAGCACCAUGCGUGUUUUUUAGAAGAAAAAAAAUUAUAUUUUUUGGUACGCAAAAAAUAAGUUUUAUUCUAACGAAAUACUUCAAAUUCUACAAUAUGUCCAAUGACCAAUCGUCAAGAAGACGUCAAAAUUCUGAGGAAAAUGAGAUGAAAGGCUUUUUUUUCUUUUCUUUUUUAACUCAUAAUCAACUUUUCAUUUAACCACCAUGGGAGAACAUGAUUAACACCACUAAGGUUUCAACCACACUUACAAACUGAGGCAUCUAGUAUCACCUACAAUCACUAAUUGGACCAUACGCUACCAGAAAUUGAGCUCAGUUGUAAUUUCCCAAUGAGACAAGCUGGUGAAAGGCUUCUCUUAGUGCAACUGGUCCAGUCAUAGAUAAUUAGGAAAUAAUAAAUUUAUUUCAAUACAUUUUAAUUUUAAUAGAUAUUUAUCUGAAUGUAGACUGUUUUUUCUAUACUGUGAAUUUAUGUAAUUAAUUAUUGAAUUUAUAGUGAAAAAAACUGAAUGUGAUUGACUACUGAAUAAUUUUAAAAGUACAAAACGGUCCAUUACCCUAUUUAAACCGAUCAAUCAGUGGCAUUAACUGUGUUUAACCAUAAAGAAGGAAAAUAUAUUACUAUCUUAACUAGCACUUUUAAUUUUUUUUAAAAAAAUCGGAGUUAAAGAAGGAAAUACUUAAUUACUGGAAUUAGAAUAAAUGUGAUGACUUUAGCUUGUUGCUCCAUUACAUAAAGGCCAGAACAAUUUUUUAUUGUCUGAGCAAUUUUGUUGGAGGCAAAGAACCUACUAUAUCCUUUGAAGGUGAGUUCUACUUUGUACUUAUUAAAUCGCUAGUAAAAGUUGAUAUUUAUGUUUUAUUCUUUGCUUGCAUAUCAUUUCCCCAUUGCGUUUGAUUUCAUAAUGCGUUCCUCGAUCCGUAUAUGAUUUUCAUAACGGAAGACAAAUAAGAACUUGUUAGUUUCUCGAAUAUGAAAAUGAUUACAAAGAAUUUGUUUUGUCUCUCCAUGACAUCAUUUUCUUUUGUCUUGUAAUUCACUUUUAUAUUUUCACGAGGCUGUGUCAGAUCCUUUUCUUUAACCUUCCUUUUCUGCAAAACAAUAGUUUGAGGCCAUCCGUUAUUUAUUCACUACUCAAAUUCUACAGGCUGUGAAAAAUGAGCAUAAAUAUUCUCCUAAUUUUUUUUAUAAAUUUGAAUUUUUACUUUAUAAUUUAUGUAAGUAUAUUUCAAAUUACAGGUUUACAUGAGUAAGAAAAAGUAUUAUUUUACAGCUUCUAACCAUUUUUUUAUAUGUAAAGUUCUUUUAGCUAUGUUUUUUUUUUUUUUAACUGUUCUUUUAGCUAUGUUCAUGUCAAUAUUCUAUAGUGGGAUGCUUUGUAUACUUGUGAGGAAAUAACUAUCAUCAGAGACAUGCUGUAAGUUACAAAAAGAUUAAAAUAAAAGCUUUAAGAGUAUAUAUAUUUUUAAAUCAAUACGAUGAAAUUUUGUUUUCUUCUCUCCAUACAAAACGUUCGUUUUGGGUGUUCGCGAAGUUAUCUCAUUCUUAGAAAAUCUUUCUAAAUCAUCACAUCACAGGUUACAAGAAAUAAAGUUGUUUUAGGUUCUAUCACAUCGAGAUGGGCGGAGCAGUGAGAUGGUUUAAAGGAUUGUUUAGCACAAAGAAGAGACUCGUUUCCGGCGAUGGUUCCGAUAAAGAAAAGGAACAAGACAAGAACGCGAUUGCUGUUGCAACCGCAGCAGCUACAGCCGCAGAAGCAGUGGUUUCUGGGGCUAAAGCAGCUGCGGAAAUGGUUAGACUGACCGGUGAAGGAAGAGCGGGAGAUAUCAUCACGUGGGAGGAACGUUGGGCCGCUGUGAAAAUCCAAAAGGUCUUUAGGGGCUCUUUGGCGAGGAAAGCAUUACGAGCUUUGAAAGGUAUAGUGAAGCUGCAAGCUUUAGUGAGAGGAUACUUGGUAAGGAAACGCGCGGCUACGAUGCUGCAUAGCAUACAAGCUUUGAUUAGAGUCCAAACGGCUGUGCGUUCUAAACGCGAUCGCCGCCACAAGAAAGAGUACAGCCACAUGUUUCAACCACGACACUCCUUUGAUAAGUUCGAUGAAGUGGCACGUGAAGAGAGACAUCAAAAGAUUGUGGAGGUCCAUGACAUGUUUAAGAGGAGACCUAAACCUAGGCAAACGCACAAUCUUGUCCCAAUGUCUGAAUAUGAAGACGGUUUUGUUUACCGAGGGAGUGAUUUGGAGUUGAACUUACCAAAGGAGAAGUGGAAGUUUGGGACUGCGCAAAGCACGCCAAGAUUGUCAUCUUCAUCGAAGUUUGCGACGACACCGAGACUAACCUCUUCAUCUCACCAUCACACGGCUAAUAAUAAUCGCUACUAUGUAAUGCAGUGUCCUAGUAAAAGGGUUUGUGGAAAUGCUCAGUCUGGCUAUGGAAUGAACACUCCUGGUCCUGGCUACAUGGAGAAUACACAGUCGUUUAAGGCGAAGCAACGUUCGCAUAGCGCACCUCAUCGGCUUUCUGAGAGGAACCGGUUGUCGCUAGAUGAGGUUAUAGCCUCCAAGAAUCGCGUUAGCGGCGGCGAGAGUUUGCAGCAACAACGCUAUUCUUGUUCUAGCUACAUGAUUCUGUAAAAAAAAAAAAA